AAAGGGGAACUCCCCAGGAGUUUAUUGCUGCCAUUAAAAUAUGAUCUCCUGAUAUUUUAUUAUAAAUUGACACAAGGAGGCAAAGAAACUGUUCCCGGAUUGAUCUGUGAGGAUGUCUGAGAGGAGAAAGAAGAGGAAGCUCAGCACUUCUUCGCCUGUGGUGUCUGAACAGCCAAUCAGCACCAAGAGAGAGAAGGAGAGCGGAGACGAUGAGUCUACAGUUUCAAGUAUUGAUUCUUUAAAGAGUUCUGCGUCCAUGUUCGAGCCGCUGGUUUUUGGUGAUGAAAGUAAACAAAGGGACACUGAGUCCGCAUCGCCAAGGGCCGAUUCUUUAAAGAGUUCUGCGUCCAUGUUCGAGCCGCUGGUUUUUGGUGAUGAAAGUAAACAAAGGGACCCUGAGUCUGCAUCGCCAAGGGCCGAUUCUUUAAAGAGUUCUGCGUCCAUGUUCGAGCCGCUGGUUUUUGGAGAUGAAAGUAAACAAAGGGACCCUGAGUCUGCAGCACCAUGGGCUGAUUCUUUAAAGAGUUCUGCUUCCAUGUUCGAGCCUCUGGUUUUUGGUCAUGAAAGCAAAAAAAGCUGUUCAGUAUGUACAGAGGUUUUGAGGGAUCCAGUCCAGUAUAUGUGUGGACACUGGUCAUGCAAACAGUGUGUCGGCACAGACCUGGACCAGCAUGAUUCACCAGAAGACCACCCCUGCAAGAGGUGUGGAAAGAAACCCAAAUAUCAAUCCAAACCCCAAAGAGUUACAGAGACACUUAAUGUGGCCAGACCUUCUCGGAAAACAAAGACUUUUAAAGAAAGGAUGAGACUCAAGUUUACUUCAGUAUCUGAAGGUAACGGUGACUCAAAGAGGGCCUUCAACAGCGUCUAUACCGAGCUCUUGAUCACCAAUAAAGAGAGUGAAGGGCUGCAUGAAGAACAUGUGUUCAGACACAUCAAACAAAAAUCGUUACCAGGAUCCCCUAAAUCAAAGGUUGACCUGAGCGACAUCUUCAAGCCUUUGUCCGGCCAAAAGGAACCGAUCAGAACAAUCCUGACGAAGGGCGUGGCAGGAAUCGGGAAAUCCUAUUCCGUGCAGAAAUUCCUUCUUGACUGGGCCGAGGGGAAAGAGAACCAGGACAUCCAUUUGGUGUUCUGUAUUUCUUUCAGAGAGCUCAAUUUGAUUAAAGGUGACAAAAGCUUACUGGAGCUCCUGACUGAGUUUCACCCUGCUCUCAAAGAACUAAAGGAUUCAGUGGAUCUCAUGAAAGCCAGAACCAUAGUGGUCCUGGAUGGCCUGGAUGAAAGUCGAUUUAAACUAGACUUUAAGGACAAGCCGGUAACAUCUGUCACUGAAGGGACAUCUGUGGCUAAUCUCCUUGCAAACCUCAUCAAGGGUAACCUUCUUCCAGAUGCCAAACUCUGGAUAACGACUCGUCCAGCAGCAGCUGAUCAGAUCCCUGCAGAGUUUGUGGACAUGGUUACAGAGAUCAGAGGGUUCAGUGAUCCCCAAAAAGAGGAGUACUUGAGAAGGCGAUGCAGUCAUGACCCAGGCCUUGCUGACAGAAUAAUUUCACACAUUCACUCGUCACCGAGUCUCGACAUCAUGUGCCAGAUCCCGAUCUUCUGCUGGAUUUCUGCUGUGUUGUUUGAGGAGAUCUUUAGGGAAGAUGAGGAAGCUGAACCCCCUCAAACUCUUACAGAGAUGAUGGCACAUUACUUGUUUGCUCAGACAACCCGCAGGAACAGAAAAUAUGACAAGAACACAGAAGAACAAGAGCAACUUCUGAAGAACCACAAGGAAUUCCUCCUGAAACUCGGCAAGCUAGCCUUCAUCCAGCUGCAGAACAACAACAUUAUCUUCUACAGAGAAGACCUUGAACAGUGUGACAUCGAUGUGAAAGAGGCAACCAUCUUUUCCGGGUUUUGCUCAGAAGUUCUAAGAGAAGAACAAGUCUUCUCCGAGAAGAUCUUCUUCUUUGUGCACCUGACCAUACAGGAGUUCUUCGCAGCACUUUUUGUCUACGACUGUUUCACAAAUCAGAAAACCGAAGAGCUUAGCGAGUUCCUUGACCUGAAGGAUGAGGAACACUCUUUACUCGAUCUUCUGAAGAUGACCCUUGAGAAAGUGCUGGAGAAGAAGAAUGGCCAUCUGGACUUCUUCAUGCGAUUCCUCCUUGGCCUCAUAGUCGAACCCAACCGGAGACUUCUUCAGGGUCUGCUGACAUCACCAGGCCCAGACGAGGACAAGAAAAUCUUGACUCACCUCAAGGCGAUACGGAGGAAGACCCUCCCUCCAGACAGUAGCAUCAUCCUCUUUCAGGCCAUGGUGGAGAUGAGAGAUCACAAAGUCAAAGAUGAAAUCCAGGAAUUUCUCAGAUCACCAGAACGUUCCAAAACAGAGCUGACUCCGCUGCACUGCUCGGCACUGGCUUACAUGCUUCAGGUAUCGAAGGACGAUCUGGAGGUUUUGGACUUGAAGAGUUUCAACACAACAGAUGAAGGAAGAAGAAGGCUGAUACCAGCCGUGAGGAUCAGCAGGAAGGCUAUACUCGCGGACUGCAAAGUGACAGAAGACUGGGUUGAACAUUUGGCCUUUGGUCUCAAGUUCCCCUAUCUACCUUUGAGAGAUCUUGAUCUGAGCAACAAUGACCUGAAAGAUUCAGGAGUGUCGCUGCUCUGUGGCGGACUGUUGAGUAAAUUCUGCAAACUGAAGAUUUUGAGGUUGUCAGGUUGUCUGGUCACGGAGGGUGGCUGUGCUUAUCUGGCCUCGGCUCUCAAGUCCAACCCCUCCCAUCUGUUUGAGCUGGACCUGAGCUACAACAAUGUGGGGGUCUCAGGAGAGAGGAUGCUCACUGAGCUGAAAGAAGAUCCACAGUACAAGCUCAGCGAACUCAGGGUUGAUCAUGGAGGAAUUGAAAGGAUGACCCCAGGAUUCAAGAAAUAUUCCUGUGAGCUGACCUUUGACCCCAAAGCCACCCAGAAGAACCUGACUUUCUCCGAAGAUAACAGAAAGGUAGCUUGGGAAGAAGAGGAGCAGCAAUUCCCAAGUGCCGCCGAAGGAAGGUCCGGUCAGCGCCAACAAGUGCUGUGUCAGCAGGGUCUACAAGAGCGCCACUACUUUGAGGUUGAGUUUGAGAUGUUGAAGCCCUUCACAGUUGGGUUAACAUACAAAACCACUGAUGAGAAAGGGGAUGUGGAUGAUUGGAAGCUGGGACAGGAUGUCCCAUCUUGGAGUCUAACUUGCUCCAGUGAUGGUUGUUUUGUUUUGCACGGGGACGAGACAAUCAGUGUUGCUCCCCGUUGCUCCCGAUCUAGUUGGGUGGCAGUGUACCUGGAUUGGCCGGCUGGUACUCUGUCGUUCUACAGAGUUUCCUCUGACAGUCGAACCCGCCUCCAUACCUUCAAAACAAAGUUCAGUGAGCCUCUAUAUCCUGCUGUUGAACUCCACCCUGGUUGUUAUGCAUCAUUAAGUCUGUAAACGUGAAUGUCACGUCAUUCAGGCGAGCGUCCCAGGGUGUAAAUAUGCAUGUGGAUGUCCGGUCAGGCUUCAUACAACAUUUUUUACAAAGAAGAAUAGAGAAGAGAGGUUGGAGGAGAGGGAAAAUACGGUCGAUGGAUUCUGGAAAUAUUGUAAAUGAAGGGUACAGCAUGCUGCCCAGCAAACCAAUCACAGGGCUUGUGGUCCGUGCUGUUUCAACGUGUAGUUACACUUUGGAGGAGGUGAAGGAAACAAGAAGGUGUACAGUACAAGAAUUCCAACAAGAAUCUAUAUAGAAAAGAAAUGUUCAUCAAAGACGACAGCUUGGCCAUAAUUCUCCUGUCAGCCACCACCUCCACAGGGUCCAAGACUGAGCUGGCCUUCUUCACUAGUUAGUUCAGUCUUGCUCUCCUGUAUCCUGUCCGCCCACAGCAGGUGUAAUCCUUCCAAUUUGGCGUUCGUGUCCAGUGUUAGCUCUGUUAGCAUGAUGCUACUCUGCCAGUAUUCCCUCUGGUGUUGGGUUAGCUCGUCCACCUUAUCGUAGAUAGAUCUUACAUUCCCCAUAACGGUGGGUGGAAGGACAGGUCGAUGUUGUCUUUUUUAGCUUGCACCUCAGUACCAGCACAUCAUCCUUGUCUACUUCUCCUCAGCUUGCAGGGAACAACGGGCCUAGCAUCGUUUAGCAUCAACAUGCUACAGGCUGCUAACAGCUGAUCUCGUAUGUAAACAAUGUUACCAUGGAUACACGCAGGAUCUCCGGACACAGACAGGAACAAAAAUAGCAAAAACACAACUGUAAACGUAGACAGUUUGGUGUCUAUGGCCAACAAAUGAAUCAUUAAAAGUCAUGACGGGCUCCAAAUACAAAGAGAACUAAACAGAUAUGAAAAAAGAACAACAAAGAGAGAGCUGCUGCAACAAGCAGCCACUCGAGCAGCGCUAAGCAAUGGAAAAAAGUUAACUAGUCAACACUGGUAUGAAUUGGGAUGUGUGGACAAGUUGAUGAGAAGAUACAGAACAGUUGUGAGACGCCAAGAGAGCAGAGGCCAUCUUUAGAGUUUUGGUAGAAGUAGGGUGACGCCGAAGAUUUCCUUUGGCCUUUGUUUUGAGUUUAGUCUGCGUCUUACUGAGAGUCAGAGUCAAGGAGGCAGAGCUGGACAACUGGGUCGAGGCUGGAGGAGGACCAACGCGGUGCAAGUCCAUGCUUUACCGUUUCCUCUAGCCAACAGCCAAAUAUAUGCACCGGCACCCGAGCCUCGGAAGGCCUAGACAUGAACUGAAUCCCCAGGGUUGUGUUUCCGUGACACUGACUCUGACGAACCUUCUUCAUUGAACUUUGAAACAGCUCCAUUUUGCUCCGAAUAUCAUCUUAUCAUCUAUAAACGUGUACAGCUAACGUUUAGUGUGUAUCUGCAUAUUUUGUUAAAUUAGGAGGUUUGUGUUCCGUGUGUUAUCGGUAUUAACAUUUCCAAGGGGCUUGUGUUUAGAUCAUUUAAUUUUAAUUUUUUUAUCUUGUGUUUAUCUCAAUGAACUUAUAAGUUUAAUUCUAUUGUUUAUCUUCUUUUAGUUAAAUACUUUACUCAAGACUAUUUAUUUUCUAGGCAUCUGGAGGACUGCUCCUUACAAAUUUCACUGUUACACCGUACCAUGACAAUACAGAUAUCUUAAGAGUUUUUACCCAGAUAGGGAGCUGUUGGCCUAGUAGUCUAAGCAUGCCCCACAUACAGAGGCUAUAGUCCUCGUUGAAGCUGUCACAGGUUCAACUUCUGGCCUCGACCAUUUGCUGCAUGUCUUCCCCCACUCUCUACUCCCCCACAUUUCCUGUCUCUCUCUCCAGCUUUCCUAUCCAAUAAAGUAAAAAUGCCAAAAAAACAACUUAAAAAAGAAUAACAGAGGGGAGGCUCUGACCGAGCGGUUUGACCACAUGCCCCAUGUACAGAGGCUAUAGUCCUUGGCGCAGUGGUCGCAAGUUCGACUCCCGGCUUCGACCAUUUCCUGCAUGUUUUCCCCCACUCUCUACUCCCCACAUUUCCUGUCUCUCUUCAGCUUUCCUAUCCAAUAAAGUAAAAAAAUGCCUAAAAAUAACACAACUUAAAAAAAAAAAAAAGGGGCACCGCUGACCGCCACGCAUUUUAAGUUUGCUCCACAUGUACAGAAGCUAUAGUCCUUGUCGCAGUGGUCGCAGGUUCGACUCCCCGCCUCGACCAUUUGCUGCAUGUCUUCCCCCACUCUCUACUCCCCACAUUU